AUGGGCUUCUUCGAUCCGCUUGGUUUACUUUCUCCGUUCACGAUCCACGGAAAGAUCAUCGUGCAGCACUUAUGGCGUAGUGGCUGCGAUUGGGACGACGCGAUUAGCGACGAUUGCUGGGAAAUGUGGAAGCGCUGGAUUGCUGUACUGCCGGAAGUCGAGAACAUUAGGAUUCCACGUUGCUAUCUUGGAGAUUCCUUGUCGUCUGCGGUUGAGUCAAUUGAAAUUCACAUCUUCACGGAUGCCAGUGAACACGCAUACGGCUGUGUUGCGUAUCUGCGAGUAGUCAUCGACGGAGCUGUGCGGUGUAUUCUAGCUAUGUCUCGAUCGAAAGUGGCACCGUUGAAGCGCCAGUCAAUCCCGCGACUGGAGUUGAUGGCGGCUGUACUUGGAGCGCGGAUGAGUCAAACGAUGAUCGCUACGCAUUCACUGAAAAUCGAUCGAUGCAUACUGUGGACAGAUUCACGAACGGUUUGGAGUUGGAUCCGGUCUGACCAACAUAAAUACAAACAGUUUGUUGCGUUCAGGAUCGGAGAAAUACUGGAGUUGACACGAGCGACGGAUUGGCGAUGGGUUCCAACGAAGCAGAAUAUGGCGGACGUCCUGACGAAAUGGCAUCGAGGUAACGAUCUGGAAAGCGAUGGGGUAUGGUUCACGGGUGCACCGUUCCUGCACCAGCCCAAAGACCAGUGGCCGACUAUGGAGGUGACGAUCGAAGAGACGUACGAGGAAGCCAGGGGCCACGUGACAUUCCAUGGCGUGGUUGAAGCAGACCGAUGCUCGAGAUGGACAACGCUGCAAAGGGUGAUGGCGUGUGCGGUCAGGUUCAUCGACAAUUGCAAACGCAAGGUAGCAGGGCUGCCGAUAGUCACCUUGAAGGCAACAGAUAACCAGCAACAUCAAAUCCUGGUACCGAUGCAAUCGAUGCAACGUCCGCUGGAGAGAGAUGAGUUUCGAACUGCGCAGAUCAUCCUGUGGAAGCAAGCACAGUUCGAAGGAUUCCCAGAUGAGAUGAGCAUCCUCACCAAGAAUCUGGAACAACAACCAGAUGUAGUAAUGGAAACGGUGAAGAAGAGCAGUUGCCUGUACAAAUUGACUCCGAUUCUGGACAAAGAAGGUGUGCUGCGGUUGGGUGGUAGAAUGGAUAUGUCCGUCGACAUGCCUUUCGACAAAAGGUGUCCAAUAAUUCUGCCAAGAAAGCACGUGACGACGGAGAAGCUGAUCCAGUUCUACCACGAGAAGUAUGGACACGCCAAUCGAGAGACGGUGAUGAACGAGCUUCGCCAAAGGUUCUGGAUUCCGAACACCCGAGCUGCAAUCCGUCAGGUGAUGAGCAAUUGCGUGUGGUGUAAAGUCCAUCGCUGUCAGCCGCAUGUUCCUAUGAUGGCACCGCUUCCGAUACAGCGAGUCACACCCUAUCUGCGACCGUUCAACUCAGUGGGUAUCGACUAUCUAGGUCCGAUAGAAGUGACUUUGGGACGAAGAAAGGAGAAACGAUGGGUCGCGGUGUUCACUUGUUUGGCUGUACGAGCGGUACACCUAGAAGUGGUGCGUAGUCUCUCAACGCAAUCCUGCUUGAUGGCCCUUCGAAGGUUCAGCUGUAAGCGAGGCGUACCACAGGAAAUUUUCUCGGACAACGCGACGUGUUUUGUAGGUGCCGAUAACGAGUUGAAGAAGAUCAACAGCGACUGUGCGACCAGCAUAACGAACGAUAAUACCGCGUGGCACUUCAAUCCACCGGCUGCACCGCACAUGGGCGGUAUCUGGGAGCGGAUGGUGAGGUCGGUAAAGGAGGCGAUGAAGGCGCUGGACGAUGGGCGAACAUUGUCCGACGAGGUUCUGCACACAACACUAGCUGAAGCAGAGGACAUGAUUAACGCCCGGCCGCUAACGUACAUACCGCAGGAAUCAGCUGAGGAAGAAGCGAUUACCCCGAACCAUUUCCUUCGUGGGUCGGUGACAAGUGCGGAUUUGGUGGUCCAGCCAGUGGACAUUGCGGAGGCUCUACGAGAUACUUACAAGCGUUCUCAAUACCUGGCUAACCGAAUGUUUGAAAGAUGGUGCAAGGAAUACUUGCCGACAAUCAACAGACGAACGAAGUGGUUCGAGGAGCAGAAGCCGCUACAGGUGAACGACCUGGUCUUCAUAGUGGAUGGAAAAACCCGGAAAAGCUGGAUCCGAGGGAUCGUGGAAGAGAUACUCCGACCAGACGGAAGAGUGAGGCAAGCGAUAGUGCGGACGGCUAGAGGAGUCUACCGGCGUGCUGUAGCGAACUUAGCGGUGAUGGAGGUCUGA